AUGGAGACCCGCGUCCGGGAGUUGCUCAACCAGCUUUGCCUGGAGUUUGACGAGCAGACGGCUGAGCUGCGCAAGCUCCGGCAGGAAGUGCAGAGGUUGGGGGGCGAUCCGGGGAUGGCGCAGGCGAUGCAAUCGGCUCCAUGUGUGCCACUUCCAGGAGCAGCCCGAUCAGGAACUUCAUCGUGGGGAGCUGUGCUCCACAGUUCUGAGGGUGGACGGAGUGCGGAGUUGCUUAGCUCCGGCUUGAGGCAAGCAGCCAGGGCUCCGGCGAAGAAGGCUACUGGCAACAUGUUGGGCUUGAGCCAGAACUUCAUGAGCGACACGGAAAAGUAUGACUUCGUCGACCCGAUCAAGGAGCUCCCGAAGCCGCCGGUGUCACGAGUUCCAUCGGGAAGGCUAACCUCGGCACUGACCCGCCAAGUGAGCGCAACCUCGGAGGGAAACGAGGGCGCCUUAAAGGGUGAGGAGAAGGAGAUCAAGUUCUCUAUCCUGAGAGCGCAGAAGACCAAGAAUUACAUCUACUCCAAGCCGUGGUACAUCAUCAACCCUGAUCGGAAUGCAGCAGCAUCUGCAUGGCAGAUGGUCGUGGGGGUGGCCUUAAUCUUCGUGGCCAUUGUGACACCCUUCCAGGUGGGCUUGCUGGAGCUGGAGGUGGAUGCGAUUCUGGUCAUUGGCCUGUGCGUGGACUGUGUGUUUCUCGUCGACAUGGUGCUUCAGUUCUUCACGACCUUUCCAAAAUCGACCACUCAUGGAAUCGUCUGGGAGGUUCGAUUGAGGAAGAUCUGGUGUCACUACCUGAAAUCCUGGUUCUUUCUCGACUUGGUGACCCUGAUCCCUUUUGACUUGUUCACCCUGGCCAUUCAAUCGAAACAGCUGGACGAGCUUCAGAGUCUCAAGGUGCUGCGAACGCUGCGCCUUGUGAAGAUCAUGCGUCUGGCCAAGUCCUCCCAGUUCAUGCACAAGAUUGAGGUGCCACUGUCGAUACCAUACCAGCAGAUGGCUCUGACUCGGUUCUUGUUGAUCUUGGCCUUCGUUUGCCACUGGCUGGCAUGCCUCUGGGCCAUGACCCUGAGCUUGGGGGAUGAAGACCAUCCCUCAUGGAUCGAUGGCAUCGCAGAAGAGGAUCGUGCCAUCGGGAUCAAUACUCGAGACUCGCCAUGGCGAGUCUACCUAUCCUCCUUCUACUUCUGCAGCUAUACCCUAACCUCCGUGGGCUACGGAGACAUCGGGCCUGCGAACAUGCUGGAGCGAACCAUCUGCUGUGUAAUAAUCCUCUCGGCUGGGUUGGCUUGGGCUUAUGUCAUUGGUGAGGUCGCAGCCAUUGUCCAUGACCUGACUGCCGAGAGUCACGUCUUCAGAAAGCGGAUGCAUCACCUCAAUCUGAUGAUGCGCGACCAGGGGCUUCCGUACGACUUGUGCUGCCGGCUGCGAAGCUUCUUCCUGCAGAACAAGCAUCAAUCCCUCGUAAUGGCUCGCCAGGCUCUCCUGGAUCGUAUGAGUCCCCAGCUGCAGUCUGAGGUGUGCAUUGCAACCAACUUCGCUUGGCUUCAGAAGGUGCAUUUCUUUAACAAGUUCAUGAACUUCAUCAGGAGGCAGGAGCGGAUGGGCAGGCACACCGAGCCAUAUCAGGCAUGCGUGGCGCACGUGUCGAAGAUGCUCUCCUUCGGAGCCUUCGCGCAGCGGGAAGCCUUCACCAACGUGCAGGUGCUGUACAUCCUGUCCAAGGGCUUAGUGGCCUUGAACAGCAGAGUGCGAUCUCAUGGAGAAGUCUGGGGCGAAGAUUUUGUGUUGUGGGAUACGUCUCUCAUCCAUCCUGUCACCGGCUACACCUUGACAUACAUCGAGGUUUUGUCUUUGUCUCGCGCAGACCUGAUGCAUGUGAUACACGAGUGCCGCUUUACCAGCCCAGAGCUGGGACAGAUUGUUCGGCGCUACUGCGUGCGAAUCGCGGUUUAUCGCGGCGUCCUUCAGGAGGCACGCCGCCUCAAGCGCCAGAUGGCCAAAGUGCAGGCGAUCGGAGCCAAUGGAGAUACGUCGCCACCAAGAGCACCAAAGUUGGAGACUCCAGACCCACCAGAGUACAGCGGUUCUCUGAUCGGCGCACCAACUGGGCUUCCCGGAGCACUGGAUGAGUAA